GUGAGUUGAAUGUCGUACAGUUGAUGUGAGCUGAAUGUCGUACAGUUGAUGUGAGUUGAAUGUCGUACAGUUGAUGUGAGCUGAAUGUCGUACAGUUGAUGUGAGUUGAAUGUCGUACAGUUGAUGUGAGUUGAAUGUCGUACAGUUGAUGUGAGCUGAAUGUCGUACAGUUGAUGUGAGUUGAAUGUCGUACAGUUGAUGUGAGUUGAAUGUCGUACAGUUGAUGUGAGCUGAAUGUCGUACAGUUGAUGUGAGUUGAAUGUCGUUCAGUUGAUGUGAGUUGAAUGUCGUACAGUUGAUGUGAGCUGAAUGUCGUUCAGUUGAUGUGAGCUGAAUGUCGUACAGUUGAUGUGAGUUGCUGGUGUUUGUGUUGAACUGUCAGCAGAUGGACUGCGUGGGCCCUGCUGCUGGUUGCUGCUGGUUGCUGCUGGUUGCUGCUGGUUGCUUCUGUUUUUGCUGCAGAUCUGUCGUUCUACUAAUGACUUGUUUGAAUGCUGUGAACGCUUCGUUAAUUCCUGAAGCCUGACAUUCUCUGGUUGUGUUUGUUGAUGAUUACACUCGUUUAUUGUCUCAUUGUUGUGCUUUCAUUAAAGUCCAUCAGCGCUAAUGGACGUGUGUUUGCAAAGAAAGGACACGCCCCCGCAGCUGUCAAUCAGUCACACCGCACGCCACAUGUCACCUGACCUACUGGAGGCGGAGCUUCAGCCUUCAAAAGAGCAAGAGUCACAGAGACGGACCAAGAGCCCAACCAGGACCAAGACCAGGACCAAGACCAGAACCAAGACCGGAGCCAGGACCAGGACCAGCAGUAGCAGACCCCAGACCAGCCGACAGUAUGCACACUAUCCACAGUCCCAUCCUCUUGGUUCUUGUUGCACUGGUUCUGUGCAGUCCGGCCGUUUCCUCCCAGUCCGACAGAGACCUGUACCAGAACCAGGACCAGGACCAGGACCAGGACCUGGACCUGGAGCUUCGUCACCACAGGCUGCUGCAGCGAGCCCACAACGCCGGCCUCCUGUCGCAGGAGUGGAGUAAGCGUGCGGUGGAGGACCUGCUGGCCCAGAUGUCUCUGCCUGAAGCAAAUGCCCACCAGCGAGAGGCUGAGGUGGUUUCCAUGGCAACAGGUGGGCGUAUGAACCUGGAAAGGUCCGUGGACCCGCCCAACAACCUGCCGCCCCGUGAACGCAAAGCAGGCUGCAAGAACUUUUACUGGAAGGGCAUCACUUCCUGUUAGAGCCCCAACCAGCUGAGGCCACACCUUCCAGCAGCAGAAGUGACCAAUCAGCAGCUACAGCGUAAAUGUUGAAUUCAUGUAAUUAAUAAUCAAUAAAGAGAGACAUCAGUCA